AAAGGGCGCGGUGAGCGCGACGCGACACGAGAUCGAGAUUGAGCGACGAUCGCCGACGAUGACUGAUCAACCACCACCUUAUUAUGCGGAGAAAACUGGCCCCUACCCGCCCCAGCCUCAGGCUGCCUACCCUCCUCCACAACAGACUGUUGUAGUGACCCAGCCUGUGUUUACUGCACAGCCAGUGGUGUUCCGCGACCAGCCUGUUGUCGUUACUGACAGCAACGGACAACAGGUCACAACACAGCUGGAGUACCGCUCAGGUCUUCUCACCUGGCUCAUAUGCUGUUUCAUCUGCUGGAUCACCGGCCUGUGGUGCAUUGCACCAAUCGCUUUCUGCAUCGACGCUACCAAAGAUGUGUACCACAUCACCCCAACUGAC